AUGCAGGAGGGCGUCGUGCCCGGUCAUGUCAGUUUUCUUUUCAUUUCUUUUUUCUUUUUUCUGUAAUCGUUUCUCUGUGACUCUUGAUUGCGGUCUAUUGAUUUUUUUUCUUCUGUGAGAUAAUUCAAAAAUUCUUCAUAACAGGGAAAUUCUCGAAGAUGACUUAGAUCCACCGUUUGAUAUCGUGUACAAGACUUUUGUUUUCCAAAAAAAAAAUUUCACUAGAACGUCGUAUUUUUGAACUCAUCAAAAUAAUCGAAAUUUCAAUUUUGAGUUCUAUUCUUUGCCGAAGUUUCUUUCGAAAUUUCGAUUUUAGAUUAUUUUCCCAUAAAGCUACGAAUAUCCCACUUCACUUCCGAAAGUCUGUUGUUUUCAUAAUUUCCUCGGAAAGUAGCCAUUUGAAAAGGCUGUCGAGAGUCUUUCAAGCAGCGCAUAUGGCUGCGGACAAGUUAUUUCUGACAAUCUGUCCCUUGGCGCAGUUCCAAUUAGUGUUCGGUCGGUUUUUCUUGAUCCUCUUGCCCUCUCAACGAAAACGGAGGAUUUGCGCGGAAAAUUGUUGCGUUGCUACCUGUUUUGGGACGAGAACUUUGCCUGAUUGCAGCCUUGUGCGUAUUGAAACUAACAUGGAAACAAGGAAGCUUUGCAAAAAUUAAGAUUUUUCAAUCUGCGAAAUUGGUCUUUGCUAUUCUUUGUGAAUUUUCAAAAAAAAAAAAUCACUGGAAUAUUUUUGUAGCCUCUAACAAUAUAUAUUUUGGUUCGGCGGCGUGUUUGUUCCAGUCGUUAGUUGUCAAGUAGACAUGCUCAGGGCAAAGUGUUUGUCCAACUUGUUCUUUUUUUUGUAUGUUUUGUAUGGUUGAAAAUUGGUUGGGUUACUGACGAUUGGACAAAAAAAUGGGUGUUGUGUGACCUUUUAUGGUAGUGCUAACACACUAUGCGUACACUUGUUAGGCUUUUUUUUUUAACACGGAAGUCAUUUGUUGAGGGACUUUUAUAGCCUAUUAUUCUUCUCAACCGUCUUUAUAGAUAGAUUUUUGUUUGACGAUCGAUUUUAGAACGAACUUUCAUCAGAAUCAACUAAUUAUUUUUGUUUGAUUAAUUUGUUCAAGUUGAAUUCUCGAAGCGUAUUAAGCUUGAGCCAGACGCCAUUGUCUCUGGAGGGAAAUGAUUUCCUUGUGACGAAUGACCUGUUUUGCGAUGGCCGAAAAAUUUCGCCCUCUCCAGGACAGGCCAAAUGACAAUUUGUGGACCGAACGUUUGCACACUGGCUUUUGAGGGCCGUCCUUCUCACUUAUAUAUGUUUUUUUUUCUUGAAGUCAUACUGAUAUCGGUGUGGAAUGAAAUGGAAGUGAAAUAGUAUAAGACAGAAGCUGAAGAUUUUAAACCGAAGAAUUUUGAAUCGGGCAUCUUCGACGAUCUAUGAAAUUCGUAACAAGGUCAGAUCAAAAUUCGAUAAAUUUGAAAAUUCAAGCAACUUAUCUCAAAAGAAUCCAGGAAAAUAAUUAAAAGUUACUGAUUCCAGAACUUCUAACUUUGUAUUAUAAGCCGUUUUGUCAAUAGUUUUAGUAAUAUUUUCAGUUCUUCAUUGAACCUGUCUUUUCAGUUUUGAUAUCAAAAGAAUGGUUUUCGAAUAUUCGAACAUAUUUUAAUGUUUGUAUACCUUCAUGAGCGAUGGUGACGAAUAUAAACACGUCCUGUUUAUUUUGCAUCACAUUCGAGAAGAAUCAAUUGCAAUGAUUGUUAUUGAAGGCCAACGUUUCUGUGAAUCUGGGAUGGACCGAGGGGCUUUGGAUAAUAAAACUUUUUUUAAAUAUUCAUCCAAAGAGAAAAAAGAAAAAGAAAAGUUUACUGAUUAUAAAAUGGUACCGGGAGAUCUUUUUUUCCAAAGUUUAUCGAAAGGCUACAACAUCUUUUAAAGGCUCCAUACAUUUCUUUUAUACUUUUCGUUGUAAAAUUCAGUAAUUUUCAUACAAGACUCACUAAAAUCGUGGUUUUCUGAGCGCUUGCCAACCUCUCCCUUCCUUUCUUUUCAUUUUCUGCGCUACGAAGCUCCCUGAAAGACAGUUUGAUCUUCCAGUUCAAUGUUUCUUACUGUGACCAUGAAAAGAAUGGUUAGUAUUCAUUGAAGAGACGGUAGUGCGAGUGAGCCAUUUGCAUAGUGAGUAGCCAAUUUGGCCUGUGUUGUGGCUUGUGUUACGCACGGAUGGCGGUAACUGACGUACAAAGAAGAAAACUACAAAAGAAGCGGGAUGCCAUUCGCUCAAGGGUACCCAAAGGCUGUUUUUGUCGGUUCCUGUCGUGAGUUUGCGUUGAAGCUUGCCGUCGGAAAUGGCAUCUUUAGGGCAUUCAACUGGUUUUCUUCGACGACAACCACGUAAAAAACGUCCGAUUAGCCUUGGUCCAAUACGCUUUCGACUUUUGAAUUAGCCUCUCGACAUGGAGGUUGUAUGGCAACGGAAAGUAUAUAGUGUAUCCAUUGCCUAAUAAAAGUCGAAAAAAUUCUUCUAGGGGAAAUUUCUUGCUCAGGAGAGAGGUAGGUUUCGCGAAGUAACGUGCAAAAAUUUUCAAGGAAAAAAUCAGAAAAUACAGACCAACUUUUCUGCAUACUUAUGAGCUUCGAAAAAAAAUAUAACGAAGGCUAUAAAAAGAAUAAAUUGAAAAAUUAUGAGAAAAUGAGAAAGCAGCCGACUAACAAACUUUUUUUGUUUGAUGAGCUCAACCCUUUUCUAACUAGGUAUUAAGGUUUUUUAGCCGACUUUUGUGGGUAUAGUUGAAGGCGAAUACACAAAAAACAUAAUAGGAACAGGAAUCGUGAAAUUAACGAUCUCCUUUUUUAUUUCGGCGCACGAAAAGGCCGUCGAAAGAUAUGGGGUUUUCUCUUAUCCGAUUGGUUCUUUUGUUGAUGACCGGAAACGGAUGGCCGAUCCAUUUGUCCUCAAAUAGACUGGAAGCAAUUCGGCGUGAGCACCAAUCCCGAUCACAUUUUAUGGCUCUCCUUUUUCCAGAACAUUUACGUAUUUUGAUGGCGAGCUGAGGCAUCAAAAAAGUGUUUGGAAGGGAAAGAAGCAGGAUUUGGAGAGAUUGAUAACUAAAGUGCUCGUCAAACAGACGGGGGUCAAAAUGAAAGAAUUUCUUCGAAGUUGGGAUUUUAUUCUGGCACAAUUUCUAUUUUGAGUAGAAACUUCCGAGCGAGUAACACGAUAAAUCCGAUUUUGGUUAGGUAAUCUCUAUUGGAUUCGGAUGUGGGUCAUACUCUAGUUUAUGUUCUGUUUUACUGCUUUUUUGUGGAGAUGUUUUUAGUUGAAAAGUGGUCACUACAAUGAUUAAAGAAAAAUGCAUAGUUAAUAUUUUGGAGCGCUAUCAAAAAUCGUGUCGGCGUGAUUGGAUUUCGAGUGGUGAGGCUUUUGUCGGCGAAUGCAAAUUUCGGCAUAGGGAUAAUCUGAUUGGAAUUGGCAGCCGACUUGUUCAGGGAUCAAAUCCGCUUCUUUAUGUUCAUAUUAAUCAACACAUCGCGGGAUGUUUUACAAAAGAAUCUCGAAAAUUUGUGAAAAUUCCAUUUUUGGUUUUGGCAGCUUUUUGAAGAAAGAAAAGGGCUCGGCAUUCUACCUCUAUUGUCCCUAAAAUUAAUUGAUUUUGGCUUUUCAUUGGAGUUUAUUUGUAUCCCUUGUGAAAAGGACCCGUUUUCUGGCAUCGAACAUUUAAAAAAAACCAAAUUUUCAUAGACUCGGAAAAAUUGAUCAAGAACUUUAAAAAUCUGAUAAUUUAUCUAUAUUUCUUCUUUCAGGCACGUCUUGAGAAAGUCUUCGGGAGAAAUUCUGUCGGCGUCAAUUCCUUUGCCAUAAACGCACAGACAAACUCGUUGCUCUACAUCUCUGGGUACGUUGUGUUAGAAGUUUAUCCAAAUCAGGUGAUAGGAGAAGUUAAAUUACUUUUUUGAAACAGUAAAUGCUGCCACAAACAGACUUCAAUUAACCUACAAUUUUUUCCAGGUCCGUUUUCACUUUAUUUUUAGUUGAGAUUGUCUUUUUUUUUCCAAAAAUGGCAAAUUUUCAUGAAACGCUUCAAGAGUAAGGUACCUAGGCUGCCGUAAAGGAUUUACUUAUCAUUAUUCAACCACGUCAAGUUGAUUUUUUUUUCUUUUUUUUCUCAAAAAAUCAAAAAAAGACAGAAAAAAAAUUUAUGGGAAAUGGAAUUUUGUGACAAGCACUGUCGACGCUCGUUUCGUUCGUAUUUGUUUUGAAUAAAAGAAAGGGUCAAAGCGUUUUGUGCAAAUAUGACCCCCAGGAAAGUGAUAAGAUAUCACUGGUUUUUAUAAUCGAUGAGAAUGAGUUAGGACUGGAAAGAGAAGGGAUUUCGAUAGGCAAUUGUUUUUCAAAGCUCUUAAAUCGGAAUUUAAACUUUUCAGAUCAUGUUAUAUGAAAGUAAAAAAACAAUGAUAGCAAAUUAUUUUUUUACUAAUUUUUUUCCAAAAUUCACUUUAGCUAUCAAAAAAAUCGCUCGAAAAUUAUUUUGUUAUCCUUGUUUUUUUAUUUAAAAGUUUACUUUUUUACAGCAUGAAAAAAAUUUGAAAAAAAUAGACUCGAAAGAAACAAUGAUACUUAUAGGCUUCGGCGUUGGAUCAGUUGAGAAAAAAAAGGUUAUUAUUUUAAAGAAUCUUUGAAUCUGUAACUUGAUGAAACUCCUUUCUCAAAAUUUUGAGAAAAAAAUCCGCGCUGACCACUAGUGAAAGAUUGUCUCAUUGGCUUAGUCACCAGAAAAAUACGAAUUUCAAAUUCGAUUGUUUUGAAAGAUCAAAAAAUUGUUCCCCCUUUCCAGAUCUUCGGUAGUGGUUUCCUCGACGACGCCGAACAGUUCUCCAGAAGGCCAUCUCAUUUCUUCGGACAAGCAGGCCUUCACAUGCGUCGCAGUCUCUUCGUGUGGCCGAUUUGCUGCCACCGGCGAAGUUUUCCUCUUUUCAAGCUCAUCCAGACAUUUUCUUUAUCAAGGCGGGACACAAGCCGGCGGUCCGCAUCUGGGAGAUCAGAUCCGAGACCGGCGCCUUCACCGGAAAGUUCUUGCGGGCUCUCACGGCUCAUCAAGUUUCGGUGACCAUUGUGGUGAGGUUUUCGGAGAUUUUUUACAAGUUAGUAAAGAAGAAAAGAAAAAGGCAAAGUUUUGGACAUCUUGUACAAUUGUUUCCGAAAUAAUAGUAAAUUUUAUCGGCACUUCAAAAAUUUUUGGAAAAAAAAAGUGAAAAAAAUUUGUGAAUUCGUCUAAUAAAAGAAAUUUUUUUCACAUUUCUAUUAAUGAAUGUUAUCAAAAUAUUCAAUUAAAUAGUAGGAUGUCGAUCUACGAACAAAGUUGAUGAAAAGUUCGACUUGUGGAAGCUCCGAACGACGAGAGACUCUAAAAGAAAAUCGAUUUUCAGAAGUUCACACCUAACGAUUCGACGUUGAUUUCCGUAGGAUGUCAGCACGACGCAGGGAUCAUUGCCUGGGACUGGCGAAGCGGCAAAGAGUUGCAGACCGGACGUCUCAUGUCUCCUGUCAGUUUCUGGUCUUAAUAAUUGAAUUUUAAUUGCAGAGCUCUCUCACAAAAAUUUUUGGGCAUCAGAGAAAAGCAUUGUCGCGGAAAUUUGGACUUUUCGUUGUUCUUUUUUUUUAGGAAUAGUCCAGUGAUUCCAUAAUCCUAGGUCUUUUCCUUUUGGCGGCAAUCAACAAAAAAUGUUCGAUUUCCUAGACUUUUCCAACAAAACUCUGUUAUGGAGUAUGUGAAGAAAAAUGAAAAAAGAAAGAAAAAUAUUAGUUGACGAAACUAUCCCGCAGAAUUUCAGGUAAACGCUCUGGCGAUUUCCUUUGACGGAAGCAUGUGUGUGACGGUCGGCACAAAAACCAUUAAAUAUUGGUUCAUUCCGCAAGGCGACGACGCCAAAUCUUCCCGUGGAUUUGCUGUUCGUUUUUUUUUUCCUAAUCUUCAAAUUUUGUAUUUUCGAUGUGCAUAUAUGGAUCAUUUUUGAUGCGAGCUGCAGCUUGGAACUUGUAUUCAAAAACUUGAAUUUCAUUCGAAAAAAAGAUUAAGAAAAUAAAUGUUCAACCUAUGACUUCAUCUGCAAUUUUCAUCUCGGUUCUGUAUUUCCAGUCCCGCUCGGCGAUUUUGGCGGACAAAAGGAACGCGACUUUCGUCGACGUCGCCUUUUGCGAUGCUUCCAACAGGAUGAUGGCUGUGACGGCCAACGGAAACAUCAUCGAGUUGAACGAGAAUAAAAAGGUAUCGAAUGAAAAAUAAAAGAAGAAAAUUCAUUUGUUCCAGUACGUCAAAGGCUACUCUUGGAGGACACCCGAGGUCUCUUUCCGCGCCAAUUGCAUCGCCCGGAUUCCGGAAGGAUUGUUGGUCAGUUUUAGGAAUUUCUUUAUGUUCCUAGAAGAAUACUGUGGAAAAAACGGGAAUUUUUUUCUCACUAGGAAGGCGAUUUUAUUUGGAAGAGCUUUUUGAAAGUUGACUUGCAAAUAUUGACUUGCCCUCUUAUUUUGAAGGAAGAAAAGCUUAUAUCUCAUAGAGAAUUAGUUCACAUUUUUUCGGGAUGAAGUCUGAUUGAGAUGACCCUUCUCAAGAAAGUUAGAAAGGUUUUUUCUUCAGGCUUUCAGGAUCUGACUAUUUCAAACAUUUUUCUGGACUUUUUCUAGAAGUGGCCAAGUAAAAAAUCAGCACGGUCGAAAAAUUCGAAAAAUUUUUUUUGCUAAUUACUUCCUUGUAUUGAGUUCAAUCUUUUUGAAAAAAAGCUGCGUUUUCCCCCCCGCGAACUGAAGUUUCACCAUAUUGUUAAAAGUAACAGUCAACACAACUCCAGAAAGUUACAGAAAGAUUGAAUUCCAUACAAGAAAGCUGGCAUUUUCUAAAGGAACUGUAACCUUACUUAUUACUAAUGUAAUGUCUGACAUGUGAGUAGUUUUCUGAGUGGUAAAGAUGAAAUUCAAAAUUUCUUUUUCGUUUUUUUUUUUUCAAACGUUUUGUCCCACUAUUGGAAUGAUCAGAUUGGAUGUGACGACGGCAUGGUGCGACUCUUCUCCCUGACCGGAGACGACCUCGACUUUGUCGCCGACCUUUCCUCGCCAGUCGCCCUCGGCAUCGACCCCUCCAAGGUCUACAGCGCCGAGAAGCUCAGAGCGAUUCCAGACGGAGCCAUGUGGGUGUUUUGCAAGAGAAUGAAUCAUUGGUUCGGAUUUCAGUUAUCCCGAAGUCCGUUGCAUCGUCGCAUCGCCCAACAGUCCGACUUUCGCUGUCGGCUACGCUGACCGGACGAUGGUCGAGUUUUCGAGAGAGAAUCGAGGCUGGCAGUUCCGAAGAGCCUGCAUGGCUCAUGUCGGACCCAUCAACAGUGUCGAGGUUUCUGAAAAAAAUCUUUCAAAGAAUUUUUUUCACAAAGUUCACAUCUUGAGAAUGUUCAGAACAAGGUUUCAGAAAUGAGAUCAAAUUAGUUAGGCGAAUUUAUGAGAAUUUUCAAAAGUUUAGAAGUUUACUAUAAGUUUUUUUUUGAAGUCUAGAAGAUUAAUGGUAUCUUUUUACCUUGUAAUUGAGUUUCUUGUCAUAUAUAUAUGUUUGAAAAUUUUUUAAGUAAUCCUGUCAACAUUUUUUUAAUCCAUCUUCGAAACCUUUCUUCAGCGGCUUCUGAAAUUCUUCAAGAAAUUCAAGAACAAGUUCGCUUAUAAAGUUUUUGAUUGUUUUUAUCCUCAGAUGUAUCCUCCGAACUGUCCGUAUCUUCCUUCUGAAACCUUCAUCACCGGCGGAAGCGACGGCACCGUCAGAUUCUGGUCGACAAAAAGUAGCGCCGCAGACCGACAAGUUGUUCCUCUGAAAAGAAAUUAACAUCCAACUUUUCCAUAGGACUGGGUCAACUUCCUGUUCCCGCCUCUCCUCAAGGUCCUCUACCUCGAAGAAGAAAUUUCGGCCCUUGUAGAGAAGCGAAAUAGUGAGCAAUGCUCGAUGGCAUUCAUCUCUGAGAGGAUGUUUUAGCCGAGGUUGUCGGAGCCGAAAAAGCAGUCGCCGCGGAAGACGAGCUUCUUCUGGGCAUUUGCUGCACUCGGGUGACUUUGGAUGGACGUAUUCUGGUGGCUGGAACGAGGACUGGCGUCCUACAGUAGGCCAAUCAAGGAGUUCCAAUUUCCAUUGGGACCGUUUUCAGCCUGAUCGACUUGUCUUUUCCUGAUAUGCCGACUCUGGAUGUCAUCCAAGCCCACGACUCGGAAGUCACUUGCGCCGAAUUCUCGGAUCGAGUUCCUGGAUCUGGUUAUUUUUUUUUUUUUUCAUGCUAAAAGUUUUCUGCAUUCACAGACAGUCUAUUAUUCUCAAUAUACCACGGGAAAAAUAGUCCAUUCAUACCAGCCUGUUUGAUGUGUUCAAAAAAAAAGCAUAGAAAAACCAUUUUGUGUAUUUUCAAUAUUUUUGCAAGAAAUCAAUUGCUUUUUCUGCAAUUUUAACUUUUGUCAUGUACUCUUCUACAGACGCAUUCCCGCAAUUGCUGGCGACUGGCGGCCGCGACCAAUUCGUGCACAUUUUCCGCCGAGCGCCGUUCACCUCGAAGUUCCAACAUUGCGCUGUUCUCGACAGGGGCCAGUGUGGCGUCCGUCGUCUUCGAUUCUCUGUGGUUUCGACCUCGAGAUUUUCUCCAUUAAAUAAAAAUAAUAUUUUCAGCUGGAUGGCUUCCUUCAUCUGUUCGUUUUAACAAACGACAAAACGGUCAUCGUCUGGCGGUUGGAGGACCCUUCCAAGGUUAAUUUUGCCUUUUUCAACAGAACUGACUAUUUCAAAAAAAAAUAUCGUUCUCAGGAAGAAUUGGAAUUCCGACGAGUCAACCAAUUCGUUUCCCCGAUGUCGGUGCAUGAUAUCGAAGUCGUGCUCAACGCCUCCUGGACCUCUUCCUCUACAAAUCAGGCCGUCUUGAUGAUGGCUGGGCAGGACAGGUUAUCUUCAUUCCUGUUGUUCAUUCAAAAAGAUUCGGAAAAGUAUUUUUAUCGAUUUAUGAAAGCUUUGUAAUAGAUUCAGCCCUCAAAUUUUGAAAGUCUUUCGUGGAAGGAACAGUUUUUGUUCAAUCAUUAAAAACUUUUGCAGGGUUUUGCGGGUAAUGGAUCUCAAAGGAAAACUGCUGCCAGCCAUCAAAGGAACUGGUCCCGAACCGACAGAAGCCGAUAAAGUCACCGCCAAAAUCACUAACGUAAGUCUUAUCUAAAAGCACAGAAUUUUUUUAGUUACAACUAAAAGUAUAAAAAUGACCUAUUUUUCUCAAUAACUUUUUCAAAAAAAGUCGUUUUUUUCCUUUUUCAAAUUGUUCAUCUUAAAAUGACUCCAUUUCAUUUUGGCCAUCUGGAAUCAAGUGAGAAGACGAUAUUCUUAAUAUUUUACAACUAGACUUUGCAAAGGUAGAAACCUUGCAGUUUGCGGUCGAUUCUUCUGGAACCUACGUGGCGAGCGUCUCAUCCGAUCGAAGGGUCUACAUUGUGGAUCUUUCCACCGGAGCCUUGGCGGCAGUUCUUUGCGGUUUCGGCACCAUCCCUAUGGGCGUCACUUUCUCGCACGAUUCCAAGUAGGAUUUGUCUUUGUUUCAAAUUUGUCAAGAGUUAUUGAAGAAAUCAACAGAAAGCUGUAGAAAAUUUAGAUUGACCGGUUGAUAAUGCGUAAUUUUUGGUAGUUUAUUUCACUAUCGAAAUAUGACAAUGAGUGAUUCAAAAAGUGUUUUCCAUUUAAUUUCCCAAUGACUUUUGAACAGUGUCCAUGUGCAUAAUGAAUUUCUUUCUCAAAUAACCGUCUUUGAAUAAAAUGAGAAACGAGAAGCUCAACGCUCAAUACUAAUUUCUUCAAUUUGAAACGACGGACAGCUAUUUGGAUCUUUCCUCUGUAACUUCCAUGGCCUUUUUUCAAUCGAUGUAGAGAAUAAGAGAUAAAAAACGGAAAUUUUCAAUUCCAUAAGCCCGUAUUCUGAAUCGCAAUCUCAAGUUGAAAGCUUUUAUUUCGAAGGAAAAGGUCAAAUUCUAAAGUUCAAGACUUCCAAAAAAAAUAUCUUGAGAGAAGGUGUCGAACCGCCUCCUCGACGAGGAAAAAGAGAGAUAACCGUCUAAAAAAGGGAUUAUCUAGCUUCUUUCGAAAAGAGGUUUGACCUCACUGAGAACUUUUUUGUUUCAAUCGAGCGGACGCCUUCAAACUUUUUCAAUUUAUAUUGGGAUUUUUGAGAAUUCUGAAAUUGUUUUAUAUCAUAUUGUCAACACAUGCUGUUAUUUCGGUACUUCAUAGAUUUACGAUUUUUCAAUGUUAUUUCACUUAAAAUUAAAUUGACACUUACAAGUAGCUUAUAUCCAAUUGUUGAGAUUGGAACAAAAAAUUGAAUUUUUCGUGGAUUGUUAUUUUAAAGUUCACAUAAAAACUACAAAAAGUCGCGAACUUCCUGAAAGCCGAUUCUCAGGUAUAAUUUCAACGUGUUCCAGGCGGAUAAUUGUGACGACGGCCGGCGGCUGCACCUUCGUGUGGAAAUUAUCGAAGAACAUGACGAGCCGAAUGAUCGCCGCAAUGCAGAAAGCGUCGAUCGCCGAACGAUAUCUUCGGUUAGUAUGUGACAUUUUUCAAUCCGAAUCUUUAGCUUCAGAUUAUUAACUGUUAUUCUAAAUUCACAAACCUCAUGAAAGCUUUGUUUUCGGUCUGAAAGUUAGCAAAACCACAAUCAUUUUGAAAAGCUGAACAAACUUUGGUUUUGCGUUGCUUUCAGAUUUUUACUCUUCACGAGAAGCUUUGUGGAUCAGAAUUUUUUUUGAAGUUUUUGGAACGCCUUUGGUUUUGUGGCAAAUCCGAACAGCAUCUCGACCUUUUCAACACCAAAAUCGCGAGAGAAAGCGGGAUAAUCUUGCGCGCGAAAAUUCGCAAGCCCACGGAAGUAUUUGAAGAUUCCAAUCUCCGUUUUUGUCGCGUUCUGUGGCUGGAUCAGCCUCAUCGCGAGCUUUCUUUUUUUUUCUCUGAAUAACAAAUCGUCCAAAAAAAAAGAAUUCAUUUUUUUUUAAGUCAGUGGAGUACAACUCCAGCAUCGCUUCAAAACUUUUAAGAUGAGAAAAUCAUUAUCCUUCAAAAAAGUUUUUGAAGCUUUCGAAAUAUACAAAUUCAGUCCAGUGUUCCGUAUAAACAGUCUAGUAUCUGAAAUAUGGAAAGUAAAGAGAAUAGUGAGCGUUUUUUUACCCGAUUUUUAUUUUCAAAAAUUUGACUUUUUCCGAUAGUCUUCAAAAAAAUUUAUAUUGAAACUUUUCAAUCUGAACGGACAUUUUUCGUAAAAUGAUAGUUUUUUUUUUUUUGAAUCGGAGAAGUUUCUAGCGGAGCCCAAUUCAAAUGUGGGUUGACACCAGUCGCCUCGACGGACCCGUUUUAAAAGAUUUCACACCGAGAUAACGCCCAAAAUUUUGUGGAACACCCUUCCGCGGCUUUCUGCCUGUUGAAUUGUUCUUUUGGUUUUGUAACAAUCGGCUUUUCGUUCCAGGACCCCGACACCUGACAGCCUUUUCGGCAGUGGAAGCGAAAGCCAGGUGGUUUUUUUUAUUUGAUUUUUUGUGUUAGAUCGUUGAGGAAUAGAUUUUCUUAAUGGCAAUUAGAAAAUCAACAGAGAAGCACAGUAAACGUUUUUUUUGCAAAAGUUUCGAGCAAUUUUUUUGAGAAUAAAAAGUCCCACACAGCUUAUUCAAGAGUAAACUUUCAAUUAACGCCAAAAAGUUGGAAAGUCCAGUACCAAGCAGCUUUUGAAGAACUUGGAGUUUUUCAGUCGUUGCAAUCUUCGCACUUGGGACUUCCUGGCUUGGGCGUUCCAGAUUUCGGCAGCCGAUCUUCUGUCAUUUCGGCUGGAGGAAUCGACGGCGACGACGAAGGAACUGGCAGUUUGGUCGGAUCUUCUGCGGGUCGAGGUACGAUCAAACAUGAAUCGACUAUCAAAGUGGAAUUUUAAGAAUAUAGGAACUGUAAUUGAGUUGAUUUCUGAUACUCUUAAUCAUGAGGUACUCUACGAAAAAGAUUUUUUUUAAUCAUGGUGUUCUGGUUAAAUGGCGUCGUUUUUUUUUAAAUUGGAGACGAUCAAAGGAUUUUUCCUGAUCUUGGAUUUCAGCAUCUCGAAGAGGAACUUUCACGAUCGAACGACCCCCAACUAUUGGAUUGCCGAGCACCUCGCGUGUUGGAGACAGGUAGUUUUUUUGGAAUUUUUUCCGACAAAAAGCUCAUUUAUUCAAGUUGUCAUUGAAAAAAAUGCGAUAUGAAAGAGUUAGACUGAUUUUUAUGUUUCCCCUGCUAACAUUCGAUUUCAACUGCACUAGAAGGUCUAAAAUUAUGACCUUAGAAACAAGCUCCCAGGCUCAACACCUUGAAGGUAUUUGCAUUUGGGUAGUGAGAAGGGAGUCGGACGUUUCCUUGUAUGCAUAAUCUGACCUUUGCUGUCCCAAUAUACGCGGUCAGCUUCUUGACGUUUUCACGCCAGCAUCUAUACUGCGCCUCGCUUUCAGUCGUUCUCGUAUUAUUCAUUCCUCGCUUCCCUUCUUUUUCCUCCAUUGAAUCGCUCCAACGUCUUCUGAAUUGGAACGUUAUGUCCUUCUCACGCUGAUGUGUUUCGCGGUUUGAUGCCGGUCUGAAUGAUUCGUGUUUCUGGAACAAGGCUGAAUCUCUUCCUGGUUUCCUACUUUUUUAUUACUGUUUUGGGAAUAAUUUAGAAAAAGGGCCUCACAGACUUGAAGAAGUUGAAAACAAAAAAUAUAUACUGUGAAGAUUUUUUUAUUCGAAGGCGUUUCUUCAUUUUCUUGAAACAACUUAAUCAAGUUUUAAUUCCAAGUUAUAUUGCGACUUCUUGAUUCUACCUUCAUGAAAGUGCUUGCUUAUCAAUAAUAAAUUUCAAGACCAAACCAUUCUGUGGGAAGUUUUUUAGAUUUAUUUUAUUUAUUUUCCGAUAAUAUCUUUAAUUCGUCCUUCAUUUUAUUCAGAACAGUUUUUCACGCUUGAAAAAGCCAUUAAAAAAACUAUUACUCAUACACAAAAGAACCUUGGAACAAAGAAGUUGUUUUUAGCCGAACUUAAGGAAAUGAUUUAUUCCGGAAGCUUUAUAAUUUUCUCGACUUCAAAGUAAGGUAGAACAGCAUUCUCCACAUUUGUGAAGCAACUUCACAAAUUAACCCUGUGAACUUAUACGCGACUCGCUAAAUCUGAUGCAUACGACCUCAGGUCUCUUCAAAAUAAUUUAAUUGAAAACGCCUUUCAUGGGUCUACCUUAAGGUUUUCCUGUCGAACUUCUCCUAAACUUUCAAUUUUGCUUUGCGGGAACUUUUUUUGUGGAAAAGAUUUAUCAUUCCAUAAAAAACGAGGAGGUAAUGGCUAGGAUUCAACCGGUCGGAUCGUCGUUUUCUUCGACGUUUCGUAGUAUAGGACGAAACAUUCGCCUGGAAGCCAUUCCGAUAUAGCGGCUGCAUAUAGGAUUCGGCCGUCGGUCCACAUUAUUUUUAUUCGACUAUGUUCUGAACAACUCGUUCAGCUUUGUUUGAGAUUUUCUCGAGCGAACAGCUAUAGUUUGUUUUCUUCUUCUUCUCACUUUUUUCGCUACUUACGUCUUUUCUGAAACCUUUUGUUUGAAGAGAAGUCUAUUCUCUUGGUAUUUAGGUGUCGGUUUCAUGACUACACAACGUUUUUUCUGGUUACAAGCUUGAAUUUAUUUUCUAGAAUUAACCUUGAUCUUGCCUGAGUUCCAAAGAAGUUCCCAUAUCGUGCAGUUCUUGUGGGUUCCUCACAGUUGUGAUAUCCUUGUUGACCGGUCUAUUUUUCGUGUCUACAUGACGUUUCAUAACCGUUUGUGACGUGCGGCAAAACCAAUUUUUCAUCCGACGGAGAUAUUCGGAGCGAGAAAGAGAGAGAGAAAGAUGCCUGCCUGACUCCCUCCACAGCCGCUACCUCUUUUGGAAAGAAGGAACCGUAAGCGGUCUCGUCGAGGCCGUCUUUUGUUUGUAUUUGUGUUUUCCGACCGCCUGGAGCCGCUCGCCGACGCUUUUUGUGCGGCUCGAUCAGCCCAUCUUCUAUCCAAUUCCCAUUCUUCUCGGACGAAAACCAGUUCUGAUAUGAGCCUCAUUCUUGUUUUUUGAAGGUUUUUAUUUCUAAUUCAGCUUACCAGGAAGUUUCAUUAUUUCUUUUUAUUUCAUUUCUGUAUUUUAAAGAUAGCAUUCUGGCUUGACAUUUCUUUUGAGCUUGAGAAACAAAAAAGUUUUCGCAUCCGAUAUCAAUGGAAAAAUGAAAAAAAAAACUUAUCAUAACUUUCAUGGUUUCAUCAGAAGCGGAAUAAAAAAAAAAAAGUUUUUUCUUUGCUUUUAUGCAAAUUAAACGAAUUUUUUUGAAUAAUUUUGUUCUCAAAGAAAAAACGAAAGCUCGGAGCCUUUCUUUUUCCCUUUUUUUAUUCAUCCAAGCUGACGAAUAUUGAUGUUUUUCUCCUCUUUUUUUACAUAUAUAUAUACCAAAGCGUGAGUCUGUGUGGCCGACAUUUUGAAGGAGGAAAAUGAAUGAAAACAUCUUCUCCGUUGAAUGGUGGUACGUCUGCGGAUGUUACGGGGGUGUGAGAGAAGUACGCUCGACUGAACACUGUCGUCGUCGCCUUGAUUUCGGCCCGUGUCCUGGUGCUGUUCUUCAUCAACACUUACGUGUCCUGGCUGUACGAUCACACAUAUUAGACUUCAAUUUUUUUUUCUUUUUUUUCUGCCAAGUCUUAUUUCUUCGGACAAGCUCAACAAAAGCAUUGAGCUACUUUAAAAAGCAUUGGCUGGAUUGCAGGUCGUUGUGCCUUUCUAUAAAUAAAUUUCCACACUUUAUUUACUGGCGAAAGAUGUGAGUCAUACUCAUUAUCAACCGCUGACCCCGGUUGCAGUCAGUUUUUUUUUUCAGCAUAUUUAAAGCUAUCUCACCUUUUUUUUUCAUUUUAUUGAUUUUCUUUCCGUUUUUUUUUCCCCGAAGAAAUUUCGAUUUUGCUUUUUUGAUCAUUUUUCAAACUAUUAUUUUCAAGUUUGAUUUUUUUUUUUCCAAAAUUUGAGUUCAUAUUUUUUAAACUGACUCACACUGAUUAUCGAACUGAGUCGCGCUGACCCCAAUCGCAGUCUUUUGAUCCUCUUUUGCUUCGGUGUCAAAGAAAAAGUGUCUUUUUCUGUUUGAACUUUGAAAAAUUGACCACCUUUAACUUUGCACUGGGAUUUCCUUUGGUAUAGUUUUCUGACAAAAAGUGUAAAUUUGAGCUGGAGGAGUUUCAAUUGAACUUGCUUCUGUGCUUUCUAAUUAUUUUUCUUGGAAAUGCUGUAUUUUAAUGUUACCUUUUCUCAUUGCAUUCAAUUCAAAAAAAUCGACGUAUUUAUUAAGAAACUAGUGCUUUUUUAGGGUUUUUAUUGGCCUCCUGCUGUUCAUUUGCCCUAAUCCUCACAGUUUCAUUCAAUUAAUAUGCCUGGAUUUACUCGAAAACGAACAAAAAGCUGACAAUCACGGCAGACGAACGGCGUAUCGUUUGCACCCGACUUGUUUGUAUUUGUUUGGUUGUUGUGGAUGUGUGGGUCUCGCUACGAUCUCCCUGUGUGUUUCGAGAUGCGCACUGUUUGUGAAGGUAUCCUUCGCGCGAAUCGUUUUCCAAGUGGAACGCCAAGACCAUUCUCAUUUUGAACGCACAUCACAAACAGUUGUAAAACGUCCGAGGAUAUCCAUUCUUCUCGAGAAUAAUUUCCUUAUCUCAACACAUAUUUAUCUUGGAGAAGUUUCUAGGGUUGUGAGAUGUAGAUGGAAAUUCAUUAGCUCAGAUUUCGAAUCUCGAAACCCUUUGAUUUACACCAUUUUCAGUCUUGUUGAAGUACGACGAUUUGAAGUUUUGUUAAAAUCCUUGAAAGAUAAUGUGUUUGAUAUUUGAUUGAUCCAAAUAACUUUUACAAGUAGACCAUUUUUGCACCCUCUUCCGUAGUUUUUCCUUUGAAUUUUAGCAGCAUUUCAUUUUUUUUUUCAUGGGAUUUUGAAGCACAGUUGAAGAUGAGUCUUUUUUUUUCAAGGAGUUGCAGGAAAAAGUUUUCGAAUCAAUAAAAUGAUAUUCCUCUUUGGGACAGCAUUAGAAAGUGUGAAACUAGGGAAUUUUAAUUUUUAGAUACGUUUUUUUUUCAGUUACCUAUAGUGAACCAACUUUUUCAAAAAUUAGCCGUUUCGAACAGCAUUUUCCUGGAUUUUGAACACCUCUGCAGUGGCCAUUUUCCCCAUGGACUAUUUUUUGCGCAGCUGUUUUGUUCUUCUUUUUUUCUUUUCAUCACACCUUUGUACGGAUUCUUUGCACAUUUCUGUUCAGUUUGCACUUUUGAGAAGGUUUUCAGUUGGGUCUGGAUGUGUCUGCUCUAUAAAAGGGUAUUGUUCCUGUGUUUGCUCAUGAAAGUUUUUUAUUUCGCUUCCUCCCGUUUGGCCUCCGCAGCUCUAUGAAUUAAACAUUUAUUUUUUUGCGAGGCUCUAUUUACCUUUUGACUCGUACGAAAACUAUUUUUCCACGACUUCGUAGUGUUGAAUAGAGCCAUCAGUUGCUUUUUGAACUUCUUGAGUGAACUUUCAUCAAUUUUUUCCCCUUUUCCAGUUUUCUUCAGCGUGAGUGAAUAUCGCAAACUCGAUUUCUACAUUUACUUCAUUUUGUCACUCUAAACUCUUACGUUGUCUUUUGACAGCUACAGCUGACGAGGAGAUUUAUGGAGGUGUGAAAUGAAGUGGCGUUGAUGCAACUGCCGUGUCGGAGGUUUUUUAUGACCGGAGGAAAAGUUUGGCUGCCGCGAGCUUCUUCAGAAAUGCAGUAAUGUGGUGGAAGUGUCGGCCCCGAAGAACCGCCGAAUUGCUUUUCCUCAGAAAUUUGAGCCGUUCGACGCGUCGUUGAUUCUCCAAACUGAUAAGUCUUCCUGCCUCACUGUACGUCUUGUUAUUAUGCGACGGACCGCUUCUGAGAGCAUGCGAUCAUUUUGGCAGAGGUUUUCUCUCUUCUUUUUUUGAGUUUUUCGAAAAAUAUUGUCGAAAAAUGGAAUCGUGGUGUUUUGGACGAAACGGUCGAAGGCCCUUUCAUUGUGUGUCGCCUUCUUUGCGAGCCAAAUCCUACCCGUUUAUGGGCCUCCACAAACCUGCCAAUUUCUCAUCAUUCGCCUCGCGGAUUCUAACGUUCAUCGACAUGGCAUUUUUUCUCUUUGCAUACUGUUCAAUCGCUUCAACGUUUCUGGACUUUUUUUUCAAACUCACUGAAUUUUAACUCUUCGGUUAAUCGUCUUCUUUUUUGAGAGCGAAUUUUCGUUUGAAAGUUCAUCCAUAUGUAACAAAAUAAUGUGAUUAGCGAAAUUUAUCUUCUUUUUGAUGGCGUGUUCAAAGUUAUUUCCGCGAAAUGCACAAUGACCGUCAGAGAAAAAAAAAUAUAACUAAAUUUUGGAGGGUCAGAGAUCAUUUUGCAUUUUGCAGAAUCACUUUGAACACGACAUGACAUUAGAACGACACAGGAACUGACGUCAAACUUUUUUUCGAAUAUAUUCUACAGAUCAGUGUUUAAGCUUUUUUUAAAAGUUAGUUGUAGAAUGAGCGUGGGAUCUUCAUUUUUACUUCCUCUUUCCUUUUUCUAAUUCCGAUUUCCAUGAAAAGGUUGCUAGUAACGUUAGUGCUGUAUUAGUUUAUUCCAGGAGGAAGGUAUCGAAAUUGGUCUUUAAAAAUACAUAAAAGUCGGUCUUUUUUCGCCCUGUCUCUGAUUUGUGUAAGAUGCCGUAGAGAUUUGAUAUUACGUCUAGCAUGUUUCUGCGGCGAAACACAAAACAAAAGGAGAGAGAGCCAUGUCCUGCGCCUUGUGUUCAGCGAUUUUUUCCUCCAGUGCAGAGAAGUCGACGGCGAUGAUGGACGGAUUGUGCCUCGGAUUCCCUACGUGUGUCUCUGCCGCUUGAAUCAUCUUCAUUUAUUGAUAGACCCAUCAUAUUCCAAGGAUUUUUGGUCCCUCCUGCUUGGCUAUCCGUCUUUUUCGUACCUCUCCUCGUCGAUCCAAUAUGAUGUUCUGCGUGAGAAGGUAUCAUUAGCUUACAAAGAUUUUAUUGUUUGCAAAUGUCCGUAUCUUUUUUCGCUUAGAAAAGGAUUCAGCCAGUUUCUUAAUAUGCGCAGGACAUGGAAUAUUCAGUUUUUUGUGUAUCGAGUAGCUCUUUGGGAGCUUCAGAUAAGAUAAAAUUAAUGAGAUUGAUCCACACUUUUUUUUUACAUUUUUGCGAAACUUUUCCGGUUGUUUUCCAAUUCGCCCUGCGGUUCUCAAAGCUUUUCGUGAGCUUUUUUUGAUACAAAAGUUUUUUUCGAAAAAAAAAGUCAUAUAUAAAAAAAAUCAGGAAUUCGAAUUCUAAUCUGUCACGACGCGGAACAUUUUAUUAAUAAAAUUUUUUGACUUUUUGACUUUUCGAACUCUGUUUUUUUCAUGAUUAUUCCAAAAAAAAAGUUCAACGCUAUCGAUCAUUUAUCAAUUCUAUUGUUUUGCAGCUCGUUUUCGCCGACAGUUCAGCCGGCGCCGGCGGUCGAACGCCGCUCGACGAGCAAUUUAUUCGCCAACGAUCGCCACGGUAUGUAAUUACGUGCAUGCUAAUUGAUCCUCCUUCGGAAUCCUGUUGAUUUUUUUCUCCUUUUAUUCGAUUGCUUCCGUCUUUAAUCCAAUGUUUUCCCGAGUUCCUUCUAACAUCCCCGUACUUCGUUUUGUGAGGUUGUUGCGAAGCUCUUUUUUAAACUAUCGGAACGGCUGUCCUCUGCGGGUUCUUUGUCCGGCGGCGAAAAGACGAAUGUUUAAAUGAAUUUCAACCGGGUUUUAUUGGGCUCAUCGUAGCCAUAUUGACUAUAUUUGCUUCCAUGUCAAAUAAAGAACUUUCUUUUUUUGUUUCAUGUCGUAGAGUUGUUCAUAUUUUGUCUCAGUCCAUUCUGUGGUCACCAUUUUUUUUAUUCAGAGCCGUCUGAAAAUGGAUUCAAUCAUUUCAUAAGGACUUUUUUUCAUUUCCAUCCAGUUCGAGGUUUUCGGAUAGUUUAUCACGAUUAAAAUUGAACAACAAAAAAAUUUCUUUCAAAGAAACUGAAAUCGGAUUCAUUAACAGACGGUUCUACAGGUUUUUUUCGUCCAGCAAAAAGUUCUGAAAAAAAUAUUUUCAAUUAUUUCAAUGUUUCUCAUUGUUUCUUGCAAUUAAUCGUUUUUUUCGAUUUUUUUAAAAUGAGACCUUAAAAAGUUGAGAUUAUUUCUUAAUUAUCCAACUUUGUGAAAAUUUGGAUGAUUUUUUUUCAAAAACUUUGGAAAAACUUUUUUUUUAAUAGGACUUUACAAAAUCAGAAUACGAUUAAUCAAGAAAAAAUAAAAUGAAUGUGAAUUAAAAAUCUAAAGUUAUCUUUUGGUAUUUUGUUGUGCUAAAAUCCUCUAUUCACCUCGUUGUUUAUAAUUUUUUGUCUGUAUUUUCCGAGUGCCUAACUUUCAGCUUUUCAAACUAACCUCUAUUGUACCCGUCGGUGUCAGUCAGUACAUCGAGUUGCCCUUUUUUGCUGCGGUCAACCCCGGUGUUAAUGGCAUUUCCAUGUGAAGCUGUCGAAGAGAAUUUCCUGAACUUGUAGACUCGGACCUCGCCGAAACUCAAUCGGACUUUGUCUCCUCCCGACGGAUUCCCGAAAGAGAGGAAGAGACCGAAGGACGUCUUCUUUUGGCGCCGAACGACGACGGCCAACGAGAGCUCUACCCGUACCAAGCGAGCAAGUCCAUGAUGAACUUAAGGUGCAUUUUUUGGAUGAUAAUAAUGCAUUUCGCACCAUUGAUGAAGUUAUAGUGACUUCCGCGCAAAACUUUCUCCUUUUUUUAAAUUAGGAAAGCCACUACAGAAAAUAUAGAAUUUUGUGCGCUUUUCUUAAAGUUUCCAAGUUGAUAUUUUUCUCAUUCCGUUUUUCGACUUAACCUCAAAAAUGAUAUUUACAGAGAUGCCGGCGGCGUCCGCGUCCAAACCGCCAAGGAGUUGAUGAUGUCUCACAUCAGCGGAUCUCCGUCGCGGAACAACAGCGGCAGCGUGUUCACGACGAACGGCGGAUCUCCUGGAAGGAGGAAAUGGGGCGAUUUGGCUCCUGCGCCUCAGCCUACCGGUGAAUUUUUUCUCAUUAUUUCAUUUUUUUGCAAGAUUUCUACCAAAGAUACUAUCUGAGUUAAGUAUUUCCUAAAACAUUUAAGAAAUUUAUAAGUAAGAUUUGCUAGCGCGUGUGAACAAAAAAAAACGAGGAAAUAUCUUGAACUUUCUUGUUGAAUAUAACCUCCUGUUCUCUUUUCUAAUGACGUUUUUUUGAAUUUUCUUCCCAAAAAUAUUUCCAAAAAAAAACCACGCAACUCUUUAAUAGAAAAAAACUCCAAUAAAGCCCAUUUUUCUAAAUACGAAAACCAAUGUCUCUUUUUUGAACUCUUAAUCAUGAAGAGCUUCUGAUUUUUUUUUUCCACUAAUAUUGUACGUUUUCCUUUUUUCUUUUAUGAACAGACGAAAUUCGCCAAUUUUAUUUUCUCCGUCGACUGUUGUCCUGUUGUGUUGUUUUGGCCGUUGUUCUCCACUGAUCUUAUCUUUUUAUCACGCCGAACACCUGCAACUGCCAAUUUGGUUGAUCGCCAGCGGAAAUAAUGAGAUAUCGGCCGAGAUGUCUCCAUUGUCAAAAGGGAUUCUUCGUUAAAACCGCUCGAAUUUUCAGAAUAUCUUUUUUUUGUCUCGACUCAUUGCUCACUUGAUUCACCAAUGAAGACAAAAUCAGAUUUUGAUCUUUUUGAAAAAAAAAAAUUGUUUGCCUUACUAGGGAACGUUUUUUACCCCCCGGUUGAACUUUUGCUGAAACUUUGCCGAAGUGUACUUUAGGACCCCCUGAUUCCAGAACAGAAAGAAAAUUUUUCGCAAUAGAUCUCGUUUUCGAAUUAGGACACUUCAAAAGCCCGAAAUAGCGCUUUUUUGGCCUAAUUAGCGUAUUUUGCACACUUUGAAGCUCCAUAACUCGGAAACAAGAUCUAUUGCGAAAAAUUUUCUUCUUGAUCUGCAAUCAGGGGGUUUCAAAGUACACUUCAGCAAAGUUUCAGCAAAAGUUCAACCGGGGGGUAAAAAACGUUCCCUGGUUAAAUCUUUUCUCCGGGGUUCCCGAUGAGUCACCAUUUUUCUUUUUCUUCUUUCCGCCAAAGAAGAAUAAUUUUCCUUUAUCCGCAGUUGGUUUGCACACAGCCGUCGCGGCCACGCCCAUCUCCUGCCAAACAAGGAGACGUGCAGGUGCGCCGAAACGACCGGUAGAACGGUGGAGCACAAAGAAACCGGAGGGCACGUGACGUCGAAGACGAUUUUUCGUCGGAGGACGAAGAUACCCUCGGCGAGGUCUCACCAGCUGGCAGCUGGCCAAACGACCGUUCUUGCGCGCGCCUUUGAAUUUUUCGAUUAGAGGAGAUAUCUUCUCUUUUUUGUUCUGAAAUAUUUAAAAAGCUAGCUUUGAAAGCUUUUUGGGAGAACAUCAUCAUAAAAUCACUGUUUGAAUCUUUCUUAUUUUUGCUUGAAUUCAGACCAACUUUUGAGUAUUUUUUUAAAGAAAGUAUAAGCAAUUCAGCUUGGUUUCCUAAAAUUUCGUACUUUUUUCCGAAAAAAAUUUUUCAAUAUUUAGUGAGAAACAGUGCACUUUUCUUGAGCAUUUUUCCAAGAUUUUUGCAAAAAAUCCUCGAUAAUUGUGAAUUUCCUGUUUAAAAAAUCGUUGAAAGAAGAGAGAAGUUUUUCGAAAUAGAUUUGAGUUCUCAUUUUUUUUCACAAUGUUCGAAGCUUUAAAAAUUUUUUUCAAUAAAAAAAUCUUGGGUUUUUUUCUUUUAGUUCCAUCCAUUUGUCUUGGGAAAUGUUUGCAUGAAAGUUAUUCUUUGUUCACAAUUUGGAAUCUCGCCUCCAUAAAUUUGCUCUAACAAAGUUUAGAAGUUUCAUGUUCUAGAUAAAGUUCAGCGAUUUACUACAACUUUUUCCAUUCUGACAAAAUUUAUUUAAAAUGUCUUUUUUUUUAGAAAACUCCUGAGUUUCCAAUGAUUUUACGUUACAAUUUUUCAGAUUGGCAACGUCAAAAUGUUCAUCGGAGCGACUUCCAGGAGUACGUGCCGAGGAUGAACGCCGUCUCACCGAUUCCAACCGAUGGUUGGAUAUUUUUGAUUUCGUUUCUUCAUAAUACGAUUUUACAGCUUCCAACGCGACUUUUACUGUCCAGGGAUCGCCGUACGACUCUCCGAUGGCUCCGCCAGUUGGACCGAGGUCUUCGUCAAGAGUUUUCACCUCGACGCCGACUUCGCGGUCCUUGAUUGAUGGGCCAUCUCAUCAGGUUACUCAUUUAUCUAUUUUUCUGCUUCUUACAUUUGAUCGAAAUGUUUUCUGUUGUACACGAAUGGCCCUUCCAAUGAAAAAGUCUUAUCAAAAAUGUUUAUCCUUCAGUCGCGAACCGUUUGGAGUCCGCAGACGUUGGCGAGCAGUGCGACGCCUAGACGCAGCAACUCGAAUUUGUACGCGGCGGCAAACGCGUCGCCGUCAGGACUUUAUCAUUCGCCUUCCACCGGCAACGCCAAUAUCUCCAGAAGACGUUAGUUAAUUACAGAGAAAGAUCUCGAGACAAGGAUCGUUUUGCUUUUUUUUUUGGUUUUUGAGAUACUUUUGUGCCUUCAAAAACCACAUCAAUCAGUCUUUCUACAAAAAUGACCUUCUACUAUCUAUGAAGCGAAGAUGUUCAAUGAAUUACCAGUGGCGACGAAGAAUCUUAUCAAAAAACAAAUUGACGUGUUUCUCAUUGAAACUAAGGACUGAAAAUAAUUUUGCCGACAUAUCCUUACUCAUGAAUUAAUAUAUUCUCCCUCAAACCAGCUUCCCUGUGUAACGUGCUUUUUGUCGAACUUAUUUCGCAGUUUUUAGAUUUUACCCAAAACUGACUUUCAAUGACUUUCUGAGGAAUGAAAUAUAGCGAAAGCUACAGAACUAAUGCGGAAAGAUGGAUUUUUUUUUCCGAUUUCUUUUCUAAGCGUCACAGCAAGUCAGAUUCAGAAUCUUUUCAGGCUUUGUCGGAGCUAGAUUUAUAUUGCUUUAUUAAAGACAUAAUUUUUUUUUUGGUUGAUAACCAUGUUUUGCCCCGCUUCCAACCCAUUCCAGAAUCUGAAAAGCAAAACCGUCUGCGGUUCUCGACAGCCCGCGACGCUGACAUCAGCAUCAAUUCUGAUGAAAACGGGGUGUCGACGACGGCGAGUCGCCCAGCGCGAAAGCGUCUGGUUGAGCCGCGUCAAAGGCCUCGGACUACGGUCGUCGACACUCGCGACGUUGGUUUGGCUCAUCAGAAGGCGGCGCCGGCCGUCGUCAAGUACUCUUGGUCGACGAAGCCGAAAGGUUCAGCUCUGCCCUGUUUCGUGGAAGCACGCCUUAACUGACUGACUGAUGGAAUGGCUCCUCGACGUGGAACGCUUUCUGGGCUUUUCUCCUUGGCUGAAGUGCACGAAUCGAAGAUAAUACUCACUAACGCUUCUCAUUAGAACUCAGGGAUGGUUUGAAAGAAUUUGAAUGAAUGCAGGGGGAAGUCAUGAUUAUAAUCUCGCUGGAAAAGUUGCUCAUAGGGUCCAUCCUGCAUCAUUUAAAAAUUGUUUGAACUAUUCCUUUGUUCAUUAAUAAUUUCCCUUGAAAAAAAGAGAAAUGAACCAUUAUUUUGUCCUUCCUUUUAUUUAUAAUUAUCAUAAAACUGAAGUUCUUAUUAGAGACGAAUUUAUCAAAUUUAUAUGUUCUAGGAUUCUUCGAAAUGAAAAUUUUUCUAAACUGAUGGCAGGUGAAGUCAAAAUAUAGCCGAGUCAACACGCGUUAACUCCACAACCACAUUGUUUAACUUGAAAAGGAUAUCAUAAAGUAGAAUUCUUUUAUAAGUAGAUCGGACUAUAAUUUUGGCGAAUUCGAGAUGUAGGUCUCCACAGAAAGAAAAACUGAGUUCUGGGCGUUCUUCUACAAGCUCCUAUUCUUUCACUGUCACAACCACAAUCACUUUCCUUUCCGUACUACACGCAGAGCAAGCUGCAAAAGAAAGCAGCACUGUGACAUUUUUUUUUCCGAUUCAAGGUUUCUCAAACAACUCUGCCUUUUCAGCCGACGACUUGCCAUACACGCCGUUUUCUCACUUGCGUAGUCGAAGUCAGAGCCCGAACAAGCUGGCGUUGAGCCAACUCCUGCAGAACCGAGGCGAAGGAGGUCGCGAAAGCGUCGACUCGAAUCCGUCUUCCGUUGGGGCCAACGGCGCCCACAGUCGCGAGCUCACUCGACAUCUUCAGCAGAAGCGAAGGGUCGGUCAACCUUGAUCUUGGGAUUCACAAACAAAGAAAAAAUCGAUCCAGAAUUGAAUAGCUUUUUUCCAACUUACUCUUUUUCAAAUACACACGUUUUUUCUUCUUUCGAAUUUAAAUAGGGUUGAAAUGUCUCAAAUUUAAUUUCAGCAAAGUUAUAUUGUAUCAAAAAUUGAAGAUAGCUACUUCAGUGGACAAAGAAGGUUUUUGGUGUUUGUAAAACGCCAUCAUUCGACCCCAAGACAAAAAGCGAAAGAUAUUUUUUGACUGAAGUCAGGUUGCUUCGAGGUACUAACUUUCAGAAACUUUCAAAUCUCUGUCCACUUCCACCUCCCUUUUUGAUCUAUUCACCACCAAGCUUCGAAACUUUUUCGUUUUUUGAAACAUGAAGAGCUUCAGGAUUCCGACGUCAGCUAUACGACUCGUUCUACGUCUCGGGGGCCGAUGAGCCGCGACGGAGAAAUGCGAAAAAGUACCGACGCCCUCAACAAACUGAUGGCCGUACGCAAUAAGUUUGUUUAUUUUCCAACUUCUUUUUUGAUUGAAAUGGCCGUAGACUUGAAGGCUGUAAGCUUCUGGGAAUUAAAAUUACUUUCCUUUUUUGAAUUUUUUUUGUGUAGGGGUGCAAGAUGUAUUUGCAAUGUUCUUCGACAGGAAAUGUUCCUUUAAUCUAGGAGUUUUUUAACACUCAAUUCGAAAUUUCCAUGAAAGUCUGAAUGGAACUCCCGAACUCCCCGCGCUAUUUUUUGUUCUGAAGUUUUGAAUUUCGAAAAAUUUUGGCUCUCAACAAAAAAAUAAUGAUUAAUUCUGGGAUUCCAUUUAUUUAACUGAAGUUUGAGGAAGAAGUCAUCCUUUUGAAGCUUUUGAGCAAUUUUUUUUUCAAAAGAAAAAAACUAAUCCCUCUUUUACCUCACUCGGACUGCACACAUAAACUGUAAUUUGACCAAAAAUUACUCGAUUACACAUUUUUCGCAGUUCAAACAAUAUCUCUCAUUGAUUGAUGGUAUUUGGAGGCUGCACCAGUCGAGCGAGAACCUGCGGAAGUCGUCGGACAACCUGGCGUUGGCCCCUGGAGAAGACGUGACGUCGUCUGUUGGGAUGCGCACGAGGAGCAUCAGCAACCUGAGGACGGCCAACGCCUUGGAGUCCUUCGGGACCUUCGACGUCGACGUCCGAAGCCGAUCCGGGUUCGUUCCCAACAUUCAAAUCGAAAACAGGGAGAUUAAAAGGAACUUCCACUUGCUGACUCCCUCUAUUUUACCACCAUCAGAGAUAAAAACCGGUUUUUUCCCCUGAAAAACCUUUUCCCACUUUUUCCCUACUUUUGAUCUGUAUAGUGUUAUCAGCCGGCGCCUAUUGCAAGUUUUUGUUUGCAUUUGACCGUCUGUUUUACUUUUUGCGUUGGCCUUUUUUGAAUUUCUCCACGUGUGACAUAUUUAUCGCCACACAAACGGUUAUCGGUGCCCCAAAAAAGUGCGUAUAUAAGUAGUCGGAACCGUGUGAGUGUGCCUGAAAUUCGACUACGAUGUUUGAGCUUCGUCCUUCGAUUCCAACCUAUGGAUACAACUGGUAAUCGUUUUGCUGUUUCGGGAUUUAUUCAGAAAAAUGAUCAACCCUUGGUGUUCUUAUGCUGUCUCCUAAAUCGGUGAAUUUCCCCAACAAAAACCUCAAUUUUAUUGAAAACCCCUAUGAAGCCACCAUGUCACUCGUCACUAGAAAGCAAUCUUCAGAUGAUGUGGUGAAACAAUUUUGGCAAAACUUGAAGCUUGGCAGGAAAAAGGAAGUUUCGAAUGUUCUUUUCAUUAUUGUUAAAACUGGACUGCUGAUUUUCAAUACAAAUCUUUGUUUCGAGAGCUAUCAGUGUGGCCUGGUGUUGAUUUGAAGCAAACCAUGAUUUCCGUUUUCCCUCUUUCUGACCCUCCGGAUUUCCUUUUCAGGUCUACGAGCUCUUUGGCGCACUCGCGGAUGCUGGCCCGUAGUAUGGGCAACGUAAGCGCCGGUUUAGAGGGAUCCGGACUCCCGCGGGACUUCGAUUCGCCCAGCAAAAGACUUGCCAACACUAUUCAACUGAUGAAGAAGGCUAGGUAAUACGCGGAUUUCGUUAUCCUUUCUUGUCUUAUGUUUCCAACCGAACCUCUCAAGUUUGCCUCUUUCUCUGUUGCCGAGUUACUGCUUUUGUGAAUCUUCUGAACCCUUUGGUUGCGAUUCGAGGGAUCAAAAACAAUAAAAAUCGUAUUUUUGACUAUUAGGAACAUUCUGGACAACUUGAUAAAAUUCCCAUAAAAAUCGAAUACGCUGCGUUGCGUGCGAUUAUAAAUCAUGAGCCUUCUUUGAAGAAAAACGAAAAAUUGUUUCUUUGGCAGCCCAAAACGAUGUUUAUUUUUUUCUUUUUUUCAUGAUUUUUUUAAACUUUCCCCUGAUCUUUUUUUCAGUUUAUUUUUGAUUCAAAAUUUCGAUAAUUUGAAAACAAGAAAAAGAACAUAACUGAAAAAAAGAUAAAAUAAUAUUUUUUUGUCUUUUUUUGGCGAGGUUUGACUUUGUUCUGGUCAGUAUUUUCGAAUUGGAGCAUUUCUUUUAAAUUUUUUUACAUCCUAUUUUUUGCAGCAAUCCAGAUCUCACUCAACCGGACCAAUACGACGACGCGGCUAGUCCAUUCGCAAUGCGAAUGCGUGGAGCUGUCCAGAAGAAGGUCAGUCGGAGGAUUUUCUGGCCAAAAAACUCCUGAGAAUUUCUAGGUGGACCGCUAUCGGCCGAGAAACCGAGGCGGCCCCGCCGGUCGAAACCAAACGAGCGAAGAAAGCGACUCGAACACGAGCGACGCCUCCCCACUCAACCAGUCCAUCAACAAGAACGCCGCCUACUCCUUGAACAGGUAAAUCCUUCCGAAUUUCCCUGAUUGAAGAAGUUCUUCAGAGUUUCUGAUUGGUCUCCGACGUCGUCACUCUCCUCCAAGAACACGUCGAUCGGCGGUCUUUCCUCGUCACGUCGACUCUACGAACAACAGCGCAUCUCGAACGUUUCCUCGCCGCGUCGAGGAAGCAACUACCUUGUACAGAAGAUGAGGUGAAAAUGAAAUUGGAAUAUUGAUUCGGCUCUUGAAUAUCAUAAAUUCCAAUAUAAAAACUGAAUAAGAGAUUAUUUUCGAAGAGACAUUGAUUAAUAUCUCCAUUUUAGCGACACGUCCCGAACAAUGGAAGGGCCUGACUUGGGCAGCGACGACUCGCCUCGAUCUUCUGUCAAUUCUCACGAUUGGCAGCAUCUCAUUGAGCAAGGCCCCGAUGGCACGCGGAAUCGUCCGUUUCAUUUUCAUUUUUGAUAAUUUUGAGACGUCAAAUAGGGCUUCAUAAAAAGGAUAGUCUCCCGGUAAUUUCGAUAAUUCAGUUGAAAUCGUAGACAAAAUCCAAAAUAUUAUGAUACUGCUGGUCCUCAUGCGAACACCAAAGUGCCGUCUGCUUACUGUCGUGCUCAAAGAAGCUUUGUCCAUUUUUGGCAUCCUUCAAUCAAAUUCGACAAAACUACUUUGGUCACGGCAGGAAUUCCAAUCGCUAUCAUCCUAUGACGCACAAAACCACCCACCGCUGCUUUCGGCCGUUCUUUCGAAGGAAUUUCUCGGCUUUUCAGCACUGGUCCGACACGUCCAGGACUGCAUGGAGCAGCUGCGCGUCAGCAUCGACAAAUCGGUACAGGCUCGCAAAUUGGUUUGUUUCUUCUUUCGGCUUCUGGAACUCCCAAUGAUUCUCCCUCUGUCUCCAUCACUGGUUCCUUUGUGCUUUCGCCCCUAUGUGUUCUCAAGGAAUGGAAUUUCUAGGUCAAAAAUUAAGCUAUAUUUAUCAUUCGGCAUGACUUGAGUGAUUUUCAGUCAUAAUCAGAACGACUGUUUUUUUUUUGUUUCGAAUAAUAUCUGAUCGAAAAAGAAAGCUGAUCAAAAGUUCACUUCACAAUAAAUCCGCUUUUCAGAAAGUCACAGAAAUUUUUUUCUGGAUGAAUUGGUGUAUUAGGAAUUCAUUUUUCCUGACCUUUUUAUGUACUUUCGAAAAAAACAGAUGAAUUUUAUUAUCUCGAAAUAUUAGAUUUUUUUGUUCCUAUUCAUCUAUUAUUAGUUUAUUUAAAAGCAAUUCAAACGAAUAAAUUCCCGAAAUUGAUACUAUCCAGUUCCCAGUUUGCGUUUCAUCUCAAAACCUUUGGAUAAAAAGAUUUUUUUAAUUUCCUUUUUUUAUUCAAACUUUUUGGUCUUUUUUUUUAAAUUUACAUUUUGAAAAAUAGUUAUUAAAUUGGUGAGAAAAUCCUUUUUUUUUUAAUUCAAGUAAUGCGACAUCCUCUUUUUCGUACUUUUUUGUUUAAAUUUUUCUCGACUUAUUUUAAGUUUUAAAAAUGCGUUACAAUUUUCAGGAGAGAAAAAUUUGCAUGCUCGAAAUUAUUUAGAUAACCGGCUUUUCGUGUUAAACUAAACUAUCUUCCUUUUUUUGCACUCCAGUCUGUUUCAGGUGGAAGAGGAUCCCUCGCUUUCCAUCGAACAGAAGAAGGUUAUAACCUGCGAGAUCGAUCGUUCUACUGAACGAGCCAUUGAGAAGCUUUCUCCAUACUUACAGAGGUCACCUUUUCUGAUACGAUAGGAUUUUUUGAUGUUCUUUGAUUUAUGAUGGAUAAAGUAAUUUUUAUUAAUCUAGGUCUUGACAGAAAUGACUAUGAAGUCUAAACCUCUUCCUGGUGCACACUUUUUUUUUCUAGUCGUGUAGAAAUUUAUUACCUUAAGAUGAAGGUGCAUGAACCAUAAAUUCAUUGGUCAUAACUCAGAAAAAAACUGAAAGGGUUCAGCAAGCUGGACGACCGGAGCAACGGCAACGUCGGCGGCAACGAGUACGCGCCGCUGAAAGGUCCCCAAAUCUACGGCGUCCUGAAGCAAAAUCUCACCUCUCGCCAAUAA